GCCCAAAGGUCCUUCUCUAACUAACCCGAGCCUGCGUUCCCCACUCUCACACUCUCUGUUUCCUCUCAUGUUGGACAGUCGUGUAAGGAGCCAUGGAGCACAGCAGUAAUCGCCCAGAGGACUUCCCGCUUAACGUGUUCUCUGUCACUCCGUACACACCCAGCACUGCUGACAUCCAGGUGUCCGACGACGACAAGGCGGGCGCCACUUUGCUUUUCUCAGGCAUCUUUCUAGGACUGGUGGGGAUCACGUUCACUGUCAUGGGCUGGAUCAAAUACCAAGGUGUCUCCCACUUUGAAUGGACCCAGCUCCUCGGACCCAUCCUUCUGUCAGUUGGAGUGACAUUCAUCCUUAUCUCUGUGUGCAAAUUCAAAAUGCUAUCUUGCCAGUUGUGUUCAGAUAACGAGGAGAGGGUCCCGGACUCGGACCAGACUUCUGGAGGACAGUCGUUCGUUUUCACCGGCAUCAACCAGCCCAUCACCUUCCACGGGGCCACCGUGGUGCAGUAUAUCCCUCCUCCUUAUGGUUCUCAGGAGCCCCUGGGAAUGAACGCCACCUACCUGCAGCCCAUGAUGAACCCUUGCGGUCUCGUACCUCCUAGCGGAGCAGCGGCUGCCACACCAAGUCCCCCUCAGUACUACACCAUCUACCCUCAAGACAAUGCUGCGUUUGUGGAGAGCGAGGGCUUCUCUCCUUUCGUGGGUGCUGGAUAUGACAGGUCCGACUCCGAUGCUGACCAGGUGGAAGGGACGGAGAUGGAAGAGGAGGACUGUGUGUCUUUCUCUCCUCCACCGUAUGAGGAGAUAUGCGCUUUACCUCGCUAGAGACUGCAAUGCUAAGGGAACGGACAUUUAAGCCCAGUGACGAUACUUGGAGAGUUUUACGCUGUGAUCUUCAGAAGUUAGGUGUCAAAGCAGCUCAGGCGAUCUUACAGAUGUCAUCAAGGUGGGAAAGAAGUGUCCUGAGACUGCUAAAUUAAGCUGCCCUGGGUAAAUUCCCCUGCUCUGGUUUUGAAUUCUCUCAGCUAAGAAACCCUUUGCAGCUGGAGAGUCGGUCUGUGGUAGAGUGAUUUUGGAGCCCACUCAGUGCCUCUAGAGCCAGAAGAAAAAAAACAAAAAACAAAAACAAAACAAGAGCUCUCUCCAUAAAGUGCAGGAGGAAAAUUCACCUGUUUCCCCCCCCCCCCCGAUAUCCUUUGAAGGCCUUCGUGUCUUAGUUUUAAAUCCAGCAGCCAUGGCAGCUCUCAGACUGCUGAAGGCGAGGCUGGCAAGCAAGCAGGGAGGAGAGUAGGCUCAGGUAGAAAUUUCCCUGCACCGUGCUGAACCUUCUGCAGCAGAGUGACUUAUCCUAAACAACUUGGGCUGUUAUCUGGUCUCUCUGGAAGUCUUUGGAUCUUGAAGAGUUUAUAAAAUAAAUAAAAUCCAUUAAGAAAUAAAUGAAUAAGUAGAGUGGGAUAAAACAGUGCCUCAUGUCAGAAUAGUGUUGGGUGGCCGACAGGUUGUGGAAGAGGUAACAGGAGGAUAAUGAAUGUCAUCAUGUGCUGUCACCAAGUUACAGUGACCCCCUGCUCCUGAUGUUUUUCCUUUGCAAGGCUGAAGUUCAAGGCGUAAUGUACACGGGUGAGCGCCUGCUCCCUUUGCCCACCCCCAGGCUGUGAUUCCCAGGCACGAACUAGCUCAGCCGAGUGGCUUACGGAACACCACAGGUACAGCCCAGUGGCUUACGGAACACAGGUAUGCCUCUGUUCCGUUCCGCAGAGCCACGCUGCCGUGUCUCUGCAUAGUCACGAAUCGUGGGGAUGAUCAGCCUCCACCGUGAGUAGCGCUCACCUUCAUUUGAACAAAGAGAAGCUGGUAGCCUUCAGCUUCCUGAGUCUGAACGGUGUCACCAGCCCCAGCACAGAGCUACAGACUUUUAGGAGGUGUCCAAAGAUUUAGAAGGAGAAAAGUUUUACAAAGAUAAAAGGCUCACUCAAGGUAAAGGUGGCUGCCCCCAAGAGGGGCACAGGAGUUAGCAGGCCUUGAAGGCUUUGGUACUGUGCUUAUACGUGGAAAUACUUUUACUUUCUAUCAGAAGAGUCCCGUUUUUUCAAGGAUAGCAGUAAAACAAUCUUGGUUUAUUAUUGCGAUUCAUGUUACGCCGCAGGGACAUUUCAUUUUGAUGAUAGCCAGUAAUAAAAAACUAGACAUGUCUA